AUGCUGGAUAUGUCUAUCCAUGCGGCCAAGAUUUUCCUUCAGGAUUUAUACAAAUCGCUUUUAUCCGUAGGGCUUUCACCUUUAAUCGUAAAUUGGGACCCAACACGUGUAUAUUCACUGCAGGAUAAGAACAUUAUCUUUUUAUUUGAGUUGGAAAAGCCGUUUUGGCGAGACCUCGUCGCUGCCCCAGACGGUACAGGUGAAACUUCUUUCCUGUCUGUACGAGAUCUUAUACUUUCGUCGGAGAAUAUGAUUUGGAUAACAGGAUUUGCGGACCCGGCUGCCGAAAUGGUCGUUGGUAUUGCACGCGUGGUCCGUAAUGAGAACCCCGGCCUUAACUUUCGCACAAUCAACAUUUUCGAUACCCUAAACACACGAGCCGCGGAGCUCGUAUCAAAAUGUUUUGUUUUGCGCGGUGCUACACAGCCUGAUAACACAGAGUUUAAACUCGAUUAA